GCGUCAAGAAAGAAUUCUGCAAAAUUGGGUCUCCACUCACCACUCUCUACUUCCGGUGAAUUAGGUUUUGGUGGUGGUUAACAAAAUGACAGUCGACGACGAGAACUCCGUGUAUGUCGGCAACCUGCCUUACGACGCUACUGAAGAUAGUAUUCGAAGUGUCUUCGAUAUUUACGGGCAAAUAAUCGCCGUUAAGAUAAUCAAUGAUCGUGGAGUAGGUGGAAAAUGCUAUGGCUUUGUUACUUUCACAAACCCCCGAUCUGCAGUUGAUGCCAUCAAUGAUAUGGACGGAAGGACUGUUGAUGGGCGAGUUGUUAAGGUGAAUGAAGUCAAAAGUAGAGGUGGAAGGUCAAACUUUGGGCAUCAACGUGACAAUUUUCGAAGAAAUAGUAAUGACAGAGAUGUAGAGGUGGAUAGGGGUAGAGAUAGAGAGAGAAACUAUGGUCGUGUUAGGGAUAGGUCUAGAGACCUUGAUCAAGAUAAAGAAAGGGGAUAUGAGCGUGCACGUGAUCUUGAUCGGACACGCGACCGUUUCAUUGACAGGGACAGAGACACUGACACUGACAGGGACAGAGACACUGACAGGGACAGAGACAGGGGACAUGAAGGUGAUCAAGCAUGGGAAAAUGAUAGGGAUCAAGAGAAGGAGAUAAGAAGAAGUGACAUUCAUCAUAGGAGUGGAAACAAGUAUAAAGAUCAAACAACUAAAUUACAAAAUGGUUCUGAUUUCAAUGAUCGACAUAGCAGAGAGCAUCCAUCAGGGUCAAGUCAUGGAGAUCAUGAUCAUCAUGCUGCAAAACAACUCGAUGUUUCACGCCAAAAAAUAGAAGAACUUCAGAAAGAGGUUUAUCGAAUGGAAGAGCUUGUAGAAGAGAAAGGUGAUCAUGUAUCUAAGCUGCAGGAAAAGUCCCAGAAACUAGAGGAUGCACUUGCAUCUGCUAAAAAACUCACUUCAAAUCGCAAGAAACAGUUGAUUAAGCUUCAUAAAUGUUUUGUUAAUAUGAGAGAAUAUAGUGAAAAACUUAAAAGCUGUGAAGAGGAACUCCAGGCUCUUGUUGGAUCAACAUUGAAAGAAUUAGAAAGUCACAAUGUAGUGGACACAGAUGGACAUAUGGCUUAAAGUUAAUGGUUACAACAUUGGCUUAAUGACUGAUAGCAUGUAGUAAACGCUUUCACCUUUUUAUUUUUUGACUAGGGUUAUUAUUGUCAUUUCACAUGUUGAGAGCAAACUCAUGUUUUUUUUUUCCAAUGUAGAUAGAAAUCAAUAGCA